UCUGCAGUCUUCAACCCAUUUUACCUCCAGUGUGUGGAAGUCCCCAUCCUUUCUCACAAGGACUGCGAUGGCUCCUACCCCGGCCUGAUCACUGACCACAUGGUGUGCGCUGGAUACCUGGAGGGAGGAAAGGAUGCUUGUCAGGGUGACUCUGGUGGUCCUCUGGUGUGUAACGGAGAGCUGCAGGGUGUCGUGUCCUGGGGCCAGGGCUGCGCUCAACCCAACUACCCGGGUGUUUACACCAAAGUCUGCUCUCUGAUGCCCUGGAUCAACGAUAUUCUCUCCACAUACUCCUAGGCUGUGAUCUCCCAUCACAGAACUACAGGAGAGGGGAAAUCAGAGGGAGAUUGAAAUUGAAGGAGACAGGAGGCGACGGUGGGAAGUGUCGAAGAGAGAGGCAGCGGAAGAGAGGCUGAGAAUGAGACACAAGGAGAUGCCGAGGGAGAAAGAAAACAACAUGUGAGAUGUGAGAUGUC